AUGAUCAAUAUCAAUCCUGUAUGGGAGCAAGGCAUUUUUGGAAGUGGAAUUCGGAUACGAAUCAAUGAUCAAGGCAUUGAUACAAGUCACAACGAAUUCAAUGGUCGUUUCGACAAGGAUGCUUCCUGUGAUUUAUACGAAGCACCCUAUGAUCGACAAGACCAAGAGUAUUAUCAACAUGGAACCAUGAUCGCCUCCAUUUUGGGCGGUGCUGGAAACAAUGGCAAUUGCUCGGUUGGAAUUGCUCCCAAUGUCACCUUGAGCUCCUGUGUGGCCACCACGACUCCAACCGUGGAUGAUUCGGCCAAUGACGGAACCUGGCUUGCCUACAAAGUAGAUCAAAUGGACAUUUCCCAAAACUCGUACGGGAGUAUUCCUUGCAUUGCGGCAGGAACAUUUUCAAUCAAAGACGAGUUUGCAACUGUCGAUACAUGUCCAUUUCGUGACAGACCUCGGGAAUAUAUAUACCUGGGAGAGGAGCUAUCCUUUGAUCAUCCCUGUGACAUGUGCACCUUUCCUUCCAACUCUAUUUCCAACAAUUGUGCUCGCGCCAUUCACUUUCAUUGUGCUCUAUAUUUCGAAUUGGACAAGGACACCUGUAUCAAGCAUCUAGAUGGUCUUACAAGAGGCGGGGAGUGUACAUUUUUUAGUGAAGAAGAGCGAGUGGUGGAUUCUUUGGAAAAGGGUGCCAAAGAAGGACGAAACGGAAAAGGAAUAGUCUAUGUCUUUUCGUCGGGAAAUCACAUUGCCUUUGGUUCCGAUACAAACUUUGCGGGGAGGUGGCAAUCACGAUUUAUCAUUUACGUUGGAUCGGUGGGAAAAGAUGGCUUGCACACUCAGUAUUCGACUCCUGGCGCUUCUUUGUUUGUGGUCGCCCCCGUUGGGGAUCGCGACGAUCCCUUGACCAUGGUCACUGCCCGUGCUGGUGGAGGCUGUCAAAGGACAGGAUCUGGAACCAGCUAUGCGAGUCCGAUCGUAUCCGGAGUGAUUGCGUUGAUGCUAGAAGUCAAUUCGGACUUGUCGUGGCGGGAUGUCCAAGGCAUUUUGGCAGUUACAUCAAAGGCCGUCACCCACACGAUAUACGAGGACAAGACUCAAGUGGUCAAUGAUGUUGGCUUGGUACAUUCCAAUUUAUAUGGGUUUGGGAUUGUAGACGCUCUAGCGGCAGUAACUGCUGCCAAAGAGUGGGAGCCAUAUGGGACGGAAGUUGUCAUUGCCAAAGAAUCGCCCACUCUCAACUUGGCGAUUGGUGAUGACCAGAAUGAUCCAGCAAUCGCUCAGCUUAGUAUUGAGCCAGGCGAGCAUGACAUCUUUGUGGAAAAUGUAGAAGUCUUGGUGUAUCUAGAGCACCUCUCACGAGGUCAUUUAAAGAUCAGUCUUACAUCUCCAAAGGGUACCGUCUCUGAGCUUACACCAGGAUCUCGUCCUGAAAACGGACAAGGAGCACCCGACAAACCAUGGAUACUUCGAACGAUCCGAUCAUGGGGCGAAGCGGCCGAAGGAACCUGGUCUUUAUCGAUUGCGGAUUUGGUGGCAGGAGAUGUCAGUUCCUGCGUCGAUAUGGGUGACUGGCAAGUCCAAGAUUCGGACUAUAUAUACGAUUGUGCAUUGGUCGAAGUGUUUCCAGAUCUUUAUGAUCUCGAGGAAAGGGACUGGUUGAGAAAUCUCUUUGUGGACGACGACGUUGUGGGUGGAUGCUGCAUCUGUGGAGGUGGUACUACUAGUAGUGCUUCGGGUGGAUCUGGCUGCGUCGAUCAAGUCGCUUCGAAUGCGACAUGUGCCGAUGCACAGAGUGACAGGGUGUGUCGGAAUGGAAGGUUGUCCAGCAGUUACUCUCUGUAUGACCUCAAAGAUAACCAAGGUCGAAGAGUAUGGGAUGCAUGCUGUAUCGCUGGAGGCGGAACCAAGAUGCAAAAUCCAGACACCUUUCGAGAUAAACUGGUACGGUGGGAGAUUCGUGUCUAUGGACAUUCCGAACAUGAACCUUCAGCCUCUCCAUCAGCAGCACUGCCGACAUUGUCCCCGGAUUCAUCUACCCCAAACAACACCUCGUUGGAUGGCAGACCUGCUGCUGCUGCCGCCGCCGCAGGAACAUCACCAUGUAUGAGUUGGGUACUACAUGUUGCCAUCGUUUGCGUGGUUGUCUUUUGGCAACCAACCAGAUGA